UAGCCCUUCUCAUCAAUCUUUGGAAACUUCCCUUUUAACUUGUUUUCGCCAAAUCUGAUUCUACUCUUAUUUUGAGGAGAUAGUAUACAGAGAUGGGCAUUGAACAGGAUAUGGAAAAUGGUGACAGGAGAUUGCUGCUGGAAGAGUUAAGAGAGCCCCUUACAAAGCACUCCAAGGAUGAAUCGGCCAGUAUAGGAGAAGAUGAAGAAGCAGCUUUCCGCAAAAGCAGAAAGGAAAGUCGCUGGAUGCUUUACUUGAGCACAUUUGUGGCUGUUUGUGGCUCUUUCGAGUAUGGGGCUUGUGUGGGUUAUUCAUCACCAACACAGUCUGCUAUUAGGAAGGAGGUCAAUCUAUCACUGGCAGAGUACUCAGUGUUUGGCUCCAUCUUGACAUUUGGCGCAAUGAUUGGUGCAAUCAUGAGUGGGCUAAUUGCAGAUCUUAUCGGUCGGAAAGGGGCAAUGAGAAUUUCAGCCAUUUUCUGCAUUGCAGGGUGGCUUCCCAUCUACUUUGCCAAGGGAGCCCUGUCACUGGAUAUUGGCAGGAUGUCCUUGGGAUAUGGAAUGGGAAUCUUUUCCUAUGUGGUACCAGUGUUCAUAGCUGAAAUAGCGCCCAAAGAUCUCCGAGGAGGCCUAACAUCAGUCAAUAUGCUUAUGGUCUGCUGUGGAAUCUCUAUCUACUUCAUUAUAGGGACAGUUCUGACAUGGCGAACGUUGGCUCUAGUUGGGCUUGUCCCAUGUAUUAUCCUGCUUUUGGGCCUCUUUUUCAUUCCAGAGUCUCCCAGAUGGCUGGCAAAGAUGGGAUACCAGAAAGAAUUUGUUUCUGCUCUACAACAACUUCGUGGCAAGGAUGCUGAUAUCUCCGUGGAAGCAGCUGACAUUGUGGAUUAUGUGGAAAGUAUUCGAAAGCUCCCUAAAGCCAAAAUGGUGGAUUUGAUUCAAAGAAGAUACUUGCGCUCGGUCAUUAUUGCAGUUGGACUCAUGCUAUUUCAACAAUUUGGGGGAAUUACAGGAGUCUCCUUUUAUGUUAGCGAGGUUUUUGUAACUGCAGGAUUUCCUUCUGAUGUUGGCACCGUAUCUUAUGCUUGUCUUCAGGUUAUAGUAACUGUACUGUGUGCAAUCUUGAUGGAUAAAGCUGGAAGAAGAUUCCUUCUACUGGUUUCUGCUUCGGGCCUGGUCGUAGGCUGCAUACUAGUUGGGACUUCCUUUUAUCUGAAGGACAAAGAAUUGGCACCUGCGGUAGCCCCUCUACUUGCUGUAAUUGGAAUGAUGGUAUAUAUAGGAUCUUUCUCAGCAGGAAUGGGAGUAACUCCUUGGGUUAUAAUGUCUGAGAUAUUCCCAAUAAAUGUUAAAGGAACGGCGGGCAGCUUGUCAACAUUGGUGAACUGGAUUGGGGCGUGGGCAGUUUCUUAUGCCUUCAACUUUCUAAUGAGUUGGAGCUCCUAUGGUACUUUUUUCCUCUUCGCGGCAAUUAAUGUAAUAGCUAUCCUGUUUGUGGCCAAGUUAGUGCCCGAAACAAAGGGACGAACACUGGAGCAAAUUCAGGCUGCCAUUAACACUGUGCAGUUGCAAUCUAUUGCAGUGGAAUGGAUAGAUCCCACUAAAGUCGUAAAAUCUAAGAUUACAGCAAUGGGUUUGCAACUCAAAGAAAAGAAAAAUCUGGAAAAAAUGAAAAUGGGAAGAGAAGGGCUCGAGGAAUCGAAGGUUGCAGAGCCCUUGAUCGGAAAAGAAGAGCUCCAAAUUUACGUUGGUAGUGCUGACCCUUCUGAAUUCAAGAGAGUUGAGAGGGAGGGAUCAUCAUCGUCGUCUUCUUCUUCCUCCAUUUUCCUUGUGAUACUCGCCACCUUCAUUGCCGUCUCCGGCUCUUACGUUUUCGGGACCGCUGUUGGGUUUUCAUCACCUGCACAAUAUGGAAUCAUGAAAGACCUCGACCUUACUGUUGCAGAGUACUCAGUCUUUGGUUCAAUAUUGACAAUUGGAGCUAUGGUAGGUGCCUCCAUAAGUGGCUGGAUCACAGAUCUUAUCGGUCGAAGAGGUGCAAUGGGCGUCUCAGAUAUUUUCUGCAUUGUAGGAUGGGUUGUAAUACCAUUCUCAAAGGAUGCUUGGUGGCUUUAUGUCGGAAGGCUGUCUGUGGGAUGUGGGAUGGGACUUCUUUCUUAUGUGGUUCCUGUCUACAUAGCGGAAAUAACCCCCAAGAAUCUUAGAGGAGGAUUUACAACAGUGCAUCAGUUAAUGAUAUGUUUUGGUGCAUCCCUUACCUACCUGUUUGGAACAUUCAUAACCUGGCACACCCUGGCACUAAUUGGAACUAUUCCAUGCUUAGUACAGCUUUUUGGUCUCCCCUUCAUUCCGGAGUCUCCAAGAUGGCUGGCAAAAGUUGGGAAAGGGAAGGAAUCUGAAGCCGCAUUACAGCGUCUUCGAGGAAAGGAUGCUGAUAUUUCUCAAGAAGCUUCUGAGAUCCGUGAGUACACAGAAACCCUUCAACGCAUUUCAGAAGCUAGAUUGUUUGACUUGUUUCAGCGGCAGUAUGCUCAUUCACUGAUUGUUGGAGUUGGGCUAAUGGUGCUACAACAAUUUGGAGGGGUCAAUGGAAUUGCAUUUUAUGCAAGUGCUAUUUUUGUGUCAGCAGGUUUCUCUUCGGGAAAUGUUGGGAGUAUGGCAAUGGUUGCAGUUCAGAUCCCUAUGACCACAUUGGGUGUACUAUUAAUGGAUAAAUCCGGACGAAGGAAACUUUUGAUGGUUUCUGCAGCAGGGACAUGCUUGGGUUGCUUCCUUGUAGGAUCAUCAUUUCUCUUGCAGAACCAUCAGUGGUGGACUGACUUGACUCCCAUACUGGCGCUUACUGGGAUACUGUUGUAUACAGGAUCAUUUUCACUAGGCAUGGGAGGAAUACCAUGGGUCAUUAUGUCAGAGAUAUUUCCCAUAAACAUGAAGGGUGCAGCAGGAAGUCUUGUCACACUAGUGAGCUGGUUUGGUUCUUGGAUCGUCUCAUAUGCUUUCAACUUUUUGAUGAAAUGGAGCUCUAUAGGAACUUUCUUCAUAUUCUCAAGCAUUUGUGGUUUAACUGUCCUAUUCGUUGCAAAGCUGGUACCAGAGACCAAAGGGCGAACACUAGAAGAAAUUCAAGCCUCAAUGAAUCCAUUCUCCUCCGUAAAACGUUGAGGUUCCUUGCAGGCAUCUGAGUUCCUCCCUUUAACUUUUCUUGAGAUUUCUCAUACCUCCUUCAAACUAUUGAAAAUAUAAAACUGAGACUCUGUUAACUAGCUGUACAAUUUGAAGAAAAUACCAAUGUACUCUUUUUCCUUCUCUUGUUCUAUAAUGAUGAAAAUAUCUCUGUUAUGAGGGCA